CUUCUACCCUCUUUUUUUUUUGGUUUGUUUUCUUUUUGUUUUGGUUACUGAGUGACUCCAAGUCUUGUCCAGCGGGAGGGUUCGCUUCAAUUUUCAAAUUUAUUUCCGGAGAGACUUUGUGGAGCAUAAUGGCGAAAGAUGUCGGAACAAAAAUGUUGGGACUGCUGCUCUGCUUUGCUGCGUCGAUACUUCGCCAACACGGAACCUCGGGUCAAAGGGUGAAGGUAGAACCAGAGGUGUUGUCGUAUCCAGGCCAGACGGUCAACCUGCGCUGUUCCUUUGCAGAUGCCACUGGAGUACAGCUCACAAUGGUCACGUGGAUAUACGAGCCAAAGGACGGAGAACGGCAGAACAUAGCUGUCUUUCACCCCAACUUCGAUCCCAGCUACCCCGACUCACCAGUGAAUGGUAGAGUCAGCUUUACACCCAGUCCUCCAAACAUGAACACCCCUUCAAUCCAGAUCACUAAUGUCAAACUGUCCGACGAGGGGAAGUACAUCUGUGAAUAUGCAACCUACCCCAGUGGCAACGAGCAAGGCAUCACUCAGCUGGUCAUGUUGGCCAAGCCAAAGAACUCAGCCUCCGUUAUAGCGGUGAAUGAAAGCACCCAGCAAGUCGUCGUGGCUCGCUGCGAGUCUGCGAAUGGUCGCCCCCCUGCUACGAUCAGAUGGAUUACCACAGCGAACGGUGAAGAAAAGACGGCAUCCAGGGCGGGGACUGACAACACUGUGACGGUUACCAGCGAGUACUACCUGGUUCCAACAUCAUCGGACAAUGGGAAAGACAUCAGCUGCAGUGUGGAGCACAGAACCCAAACCACUCCAGAGAGCAUACCGUUAAAGCUAGCUGUUCAAUUUCCCCCUAAGGUGGAGAUUAGGGGGUACGACAAUAACUGGUACUUGGGCCGUACCAACGCGGUGCUCACCUGUGAGGCUGAAGCAAACCCUGUGGCAACCUUUGUAGAGUGGAAAACCAUGUCUGGAGUGAUGCCAGACACUGUGCUAAGGUCAGGCAAUGAGCUGAAGAUACUGAAGGUAGACGAGUCCGUCAACACCACUUUUGUUUGUGAGGUCAAGAACCGUAUAGGCACCGCCAAAGACCAGGUUGCAGUCUUCGUCAGAGAGCCGUCACCAGACCCAUCCAAUGCCGGCGUGGUGGCAGCCGUUGUUGUAUGCUCCCUGCUGUUGAUCCUUUUGGUGGCUGCCCUCAUUGCUGCGUUCAUCACCCUUAGGCGCAGGCAGCAGCAGGGUUACCGAGCCAAAGGCGGCAGUGACAUGAAGACGCGCAUUUUCGGUGGCGGUAAGAAAGCAAGCAAGAACGGAACAGGCGGAGGAGCGGGGAGCGGAGGCGUCUCAGGUGGUAACAACAACGGCCCCAUCUACAUUUACAAUGAGAGCUCGACCCACCAAGGCAUCGGAGAGAAAAACAACCACCACCAGCCACUCACCAUGGGGAGCCAGCCUGAACAUGUUGCCAAAACACCCACCGCCCAAGACAUCCUGCUGAGCAACGAAUUGGACGAAGCGGAGAGGAGGAAGUUUGAUGAAAUGGAGGAGGAGGAGAGGUAUGACCACUUCUCUGGGGGGAGCUCGAUCCUUCAACUACGCCCGCCUCAUGAUCAGGACGAUAUGAUUGGAGAUUACCUGGAUGAUGACAUGGAAUCCCAGCGGGAUGGGUCGGUCAUCUCUCGGACUGCCGUCUACGUAUAGAGAAGGUGGAUGAGAGAUAAAGGAGGAGGCGGCUAAUGGAAAAGCAGGCUUGAGAAUUCCUCAAGGAUUUGUCAUCUUUAAGAAAUAGAGAAAAGGAAAAUAAAUACAACUUUAUUUUUUUUUUCAAAUUGAUUUUAAAUAUACCCCAUUAUGAAUUACACGUUGGCCCCACAGUGAACUGGAUUGACGAGGCAUGUGGAAUAAUUUAGAAGCAGUGUCGCGGUUCUUAAGAACUGAAACUCAGAGGAAAAAAAAGAACAACCUUUCUCCCACUGCUUCUGCUCAUGCUUUCUCCAUUACUGGGACCUUGACUUUUAACAGACUGAACGAGAAAAUCCAUGUGAGUGUAGGAUGAGAUGAUCAUAAUGCAAGCUCUCCUAUACAGACAUCUCACUUGCAUAUUCAUUCUUAGCUUCACUUUAAAAAAACAAAAGGCUUGUCUUGCAGUUACAUGUUGCCUCCACGUCUCCGUCCUCCAG